UAUAUAACACAACCAAAACAAACACAAAAUCAACAAGCACAAUAAAAAAAAAAAAAUCAAACCAAACUAACCAACAUAUAUUAUUAAAAAAAAAAAACAAAAAUGGAAUCAUCAAAGAGGCUUGUUGCAAUGUUUCUUGUUUGCAUUGUUGUUAUUUCUUCUUCUAUGCAUGUCUCCUUGGCUAGUGGAGAAAUUAAUUCAGAAAAAUUUCAACAAGCAUUUAAAGAAGCUGCAAUUGAAUAUAAAAAUUGUUAUAAUACAUGUGAUAAGAAAUGUUCUGAUGAAGGAUUAGGAUAUACUCAUUGUGAGAUUAAGUGUGAUGAAGAUUGUGCUUCUAAAUUGCUCAAAGAGAGAUUCCAGACACUGAAGAAUUGAAGCCUUAAAAAAAGUAAAGAGGGAAAAUGAAUAAAACAGUGGUUUUUUAUUUUUUUAAAAAAAUCUACUAAUUAAUUAAUUCAUUUCUUCAACCACUGUAUUUGUAAUUUUUAUGAUCUAAUAAAAUUGUUUCGUAUUCUAAUUA